AUGGGUAAUGAAUUACCCAAAAGUAAAGAGAAUGCUAUUUGUGAGGAGCAUUAUGCGAGAACACAUAGAAGAGAUGAGACAGGAAAAUAUACUGUGGCAAUGCCAUUUAAAGAGCAUUGGUCAUGUCUAGGGAAUUCAAGGGAUAUUGCUCUAAAACGACUCGAAUCGCUGUGGACUUGCCUGUCUAGAGACCAAAAAUAUCUGAAACUGUAUUCUGAUUUUCUGAAGGAGUAUGAGGAGUUAGGCCACAUGAGCGAGAUACAAGAUGAAAGUGUUGAACCUGAAGUGACAUAUUAUAUGCCUCAUCAUGGCAUCUAUAGGCCUCAAAAAACGACGACUAAACUACGUACUGUGUUUAAUGCGUCCACCUUGACUAGUAGUGGAAAAUCGCUCAACUCAAUUCAGUAUAGCGGCGGAGUGAUUCAAGACGAUCUAUUUACAUUGCUAAUUAGAUUCAGAAAGUAUAUAUUUGCAUUUACUGCAGAUAUUCGUCAGAUGUAUCGUAUGAUCAAUAUAGAUAAGAGUUAA